UACGACCGUUCCAUUAUUUUUGUUUCUGUUAUUGGAUUCAUUCGUUCGUUCGUUUGUUGUAUUGGUAAAUGUUACAUGUUUAUAUGUCAAUGAAAUUCGUAUCGAUAUAUUGAAGUGUGUGUGUGUGUGGGGGUGUUUGUUGGGAAAAUGUAUAGCCAACAAACAACGUUGAAUGACGAACGAAAAUUGUUUGCAAUAUAUUUCUCAUCAUUAUCACUAUCGUCGUCGUCGUCGUCGUCGUCGUCGUCUUCGGCGAUUAUGAUGAUUGUCAUCAUUUAUCAUUUAAUAUGUUCAAUUGUUUUAACAACAGCUGAUCAGUAUUCUAUACAACAACAGCAACAACAAACGAAUCUAUCAACAAAACACCAUUCUAAUUGCAAUUUUAUAACAUUUCUCAUAUAUGACGGAUAUGAGUAUGUAAUCACAAACAAUAAUAAAAAUGAUGAUGAUCGAAUGCAAUCAUCAAUGCCAUUUAUUUCGACAACCAUUGAAAGCAAUCUUUAUGAUUGUCUGAGCUUAUGUAGACAGCGUGAUGAUUGUAAUGGAAUCAAUCAUAAUGGACAUCAUUGUCAAUUAAUUAUCAAUGUUGAUGAUGAUGUCAAUCGAUUGAUUAAAUCGAAUCAAUCAGCUGUUAUAAAUAUUCAUGCUAAAAAGAUUUGUAUAACAGAUCAUAAUGGUAAUUGUGCCGGUAAACCAUGGGCAUUUGAAACGGUUAUUGGAUAUACGAUAACUUAUCCAAUUUAUUUUCAUAAUACAGUAGUCAAACGAAUCAUGAUCAAGAAUAUUCCAUCUGUUCAACAAUGUAGUGAACAAUGUUUGAAUGAAAAAAAUUUUCAUUGUCGUUCAGUUGUUUAUAAUGAAAUUGAUCAACAUUGUAUUCUGUUCAAUAUGAAUCGUGAAACUAUUGGUUUUUCUUCAACAAAUCGUAUCAAAAAAACAGGGCUUAAAUUUGUGCCAACAACACCGUUCACACAACAAGUACAUUAUAUUGAAAAUAAAUGUAUUGAAGAACCAAAAAAAUUUUGUGAUUUACGAAAAAUCAAAAAAUUCAAACUAAAAACAGCCGAUUUGAUCAAAACAAAUGUCAAUACACCGAGUGAAUGUCGAGAACUAUGUCUUUCAAAUAGUGUGGUUAAUCCAUGUAAAUCAUUUGAUUUUGAUUCAACAAUUGGUAUUUGUCGUAUUAGCCAUCUGAAUGAAGCAUCGACCUUACACAUGAUUCAACCAUACAUUUAUGAUGAGGAUGUAACCACAUUUGAGAUAUCCACCUGUUAUAAUAUCACUGUUUUAUGUCAAUCGAAAGAGAUGAAAAUUCAAAUUGAAACAUCUAAAUUAUUUAAUGGAAAAAUUUAUGCACAAAAUAGGCCACGAAGUUGUAUGAAUGAUAUUAUGAAUAUGUUGAAUUUUGAAUUAUCCAUACCAUAUACCGAUGAUUACAAUGCUACUACGACUACUACUGGUAAUGAUGAAUUAGUACAAUGUGAUACUCGACAGCCAACACCUGGUCGUUUUACCAAUGACAUUAUCAUUCAACAUCAUGAUCUUGUAUUAACAACAAAAGAUUUGGCAUUGGGCAUUUUCUGUAAAUUUGAUCUUCAAAAUUCUAGUAUUGCUCAAGUUGAUCUUAAAAUACAAGGUGAAAUUUCUACAGAUAAAUUAAAAGGCACGGCCAAACUUCCUGAAUUAUCAUUACAUCUAGUAGAUGAAAUGGGCAAAGAUAUUGAUGAAGUUUCAAUUGGUGAUAUACUUCGUGUACAAAUUCGCAUGAGUGACGAAGAUACUUAUGGAAUUUUUGUUAGAAAUCUUAUUGCAAAAGACAAUCAGGAUUCGAACAAUAAUUUCACAUUGAUUGAUAACAAAGGCUGCCCGACCCAAAUGAGAAUGAUGCGCGAAGUUCGUCUAUUCAACGAGAAUGGAAAAACACUUGAAAGUUAUUUAGAGGCUUUUACUUUUACAGGCGGCUCUAUUUUAGUCAUACAAGUUGAAGUGGAAACUUGUCUCGAUAAAUGCAAACCGGUUCAAUGUCAAGUGGCCAAUGGCCGCAGUUAUCCAGGUGUUGAGAUGGUUACAUCGUAUGGCCGGCGAAAACGUCGUUCCGCAUCAAUGAAUGGCGAUUAUGAUGAUGAUGAUGAUGGUGGUGAUGAUGAUCAAACUGAGAUUGGUGACGUGGUUUCAAUGACAAAAUUAUCAAAAUCAUUGCUAAUACGUAAGAAACGUGAAUUGAUUUCAUCGGAUCUCAAAAUAAAUGCCGAUAUAAAUGUCAAACAAUAUGAAGAUGCAAAUCGGACAUUCACUUUAAAAGCAUUCGAUUCAUUUCUUGCACCUUAUCAAAAGAUAUCAAUGUCUAGUAAAAACUAUCUAUGUUUUGAACCUACACAUUUAUUUGUAAUUUGUGUAAUUGCAUGCUGUGCACAAAUUUCAUUAUUUUCAUUAAUUUUCGGUAUAAUAAUUAGAGUGAAAAAAGUUCCCUGCCAAAAACGACAUCAUCGGUUCACAUCUACUAGCCUUAUUGGAGCUUCUUCUUCUUCUUCUUUGUUCAUCAUCAUGGAAUAUGAAUCCUUCGAUCCAUAAUUCAAGUACACCAUACAAUUAUAUGAGCUCAAUGUAAAUCAUUUUGUUGGCAACGAUAAUCCAUAUAUAUACAUUUGUAUUAUAUUCACACACGACAACAACAACAAAAAACUUCUUCUUAAUGGGAUUUAUACACCAUUCGAACUUAUUUAAGUCUGUGGUUUUAGAAUUUUUUUCUCUCCAUUAUUAUAAUCAAAAACAUUAUG